UUUCCUUUCUUGCAGUUCGCUGGCGAGCGAAACAGCACGGGUUCGAAUGCUCUAUUUUGGACCGGGCAUAUCAAACACUCUUUCUGCUCUUCCAUAGCCCUCGCUUUUGCUUAUAUUCUUCAUCAUGAGGCUGUAACUCGGGAUUUCCUCGAGAUCAGUGUCUCCCAACAAUGACUCUCUUCAGAAGGAAGCCGGCUCAGAGGCCCAUGAUCUCCUGGCCCGUGGAUAGACCCUCAGUAAAUACGCAGAGUGCAUUUUCGCCAUAUCCGACUCUCUACUCGCCAAUCGCUUCGUCGCCAUCCGCGGACUUUUCAUUCGCUCAACGAUGGCCUUUGAAGGACGACGCGAUCGAUACUCCGGUUACGAGUACUGCACCACUUCAGAUCAAUGAGGAUGUCAGCAUUAUCUUGGGAGUCUAUCCUCCGCCGCCACCGCCACCACCGCCAAAGGACGAUAUCUUGGAGAGCCGAGUCGACCCAAACCACUUCGAGGAGCACCCUCUCGUAGAGUUGCCCGCAAUCGCUAGAGAAGAGGAACAUGCCGUGCCUAAUCCUCAGCAGCAUUCAGAGGACGUCGCAACAGAGAGUUGUCCGUCUCCUUCGUCAACAUAUCACGAUCUGGUCGCCACUACAUCAACCUACACACCACCUCUGCCUACUUACCAGGAAGAAGCCGACAUCUACCGAUACCUGUCCCGCUCACCGCCGCUGUAUAAGGAUGACGAGGAUGUCUAUGAGGACGUCUACGACAAUAUCUCACCUCUUCGUUCAACCCGAAGCUUUGCAAAUGAAGCCAUCAGACCACGGAGAUACAGCAGCGAGGACACCGAGCCCGUUUUACCUCUUCGUGUGAGCCAGCGAAAUCCCGAGGCCGACCUCCUCAAGCAGAUUUCACCGCUUCACUCGCACCCAGCCUGGAACGAGGAGCUGUUGGAAGAGGGCCCAUUUAUGGAAGCGGGCGAAGAUGAUGAAUACGACGACCUGUCUCCUUUGCCUCACGCUCUCUACUCUUCGUACAAUUCUUCGCCACUGUCGUGGCGCUCGAACAGGACUUCCGAUCUCACCAUGUCCACCAUCGCAACAAGCUAUUCGCACCAACGUCCUUCGGACGAUUUCCACUCGACUCUUAGCUUGCGAACACGAUCAAACAAGUCAUGCACAGACUACCAGUGUGACUUUGACUACGAGGAUUACUUUGAGAAGAUUCAGCAUGAAAUCGACAUUUCCGACGCCAGACCUGACGACGGCGUGCUCGCGCAGGCUGGGAAGAUCCCCAUAUUCGACUCUGAUGGGAAAGGCCGCCCCUUCUCGUCCAUCUAUUCCGGCGAUACUGCGAUCGGAGAGCAGCAGAUGGUCAUCUUCGUGCGGCACUUUUUCUGUGGCGCAUGCCAAGCAUACCUUAGGGCACUUUCAAAGGCCAUUCCGUUCGCCACGUACUUCUCGCUGCCCAAGCCCACAUCAAUCACCAUAAUUGGUCUUGGCUCGCCGGAGUUGAUCAACUCUUAUCGGAAACGCACAAACUGCCCGUUCCCGAUCUACUCGGAUCCGACCAAGCGACUGUACAAGGCGCUCGGGAUGAAAUGGGUACUGCGCCCGGGCAAGAAUCCACAGUACAUGAAAGGCAUAUCGAGCAAAGCAUGGGUCAUGAGUCAGGUCGAGGAAAUGAAUAGCAUCGACGAACGGCUCAAGUACCGAGGCGGGCAUAUGCUUUGGGUCGGAGGGGAAUUUCUCUUCAGACAGUCUGAAGUGGUCUGGUGCCAUCGAAUGAAAACGUACCGAGGACACUCCGAAGUCGAUGUCAUCAAAAAGGUCUUGGAAAUCGAUGAGCGUACAUGAUCAGGAGAAGAAAAAAGUUCUUCUUCUUGGAAACUCUUGACAUACAACUGCUAUUUGGGACGGAUAUAUGAUACCCCGGCACGGUUUUGUUUUGCACCACCUUUCUGCGCGUGCUCUUCACACUACUCAAGUUCAGCAAAAAUAAGAACCGGGCAGAACAAGAUCCGCUCGCGACGCUGGCGGAUCGAAACGGCUCAAAAUUUCUUUCCUGCUCAAUCGCCUGCCGCGACUUUCUCGUUAGUGCAGAUGCACGCAUUCUUAUUUGUCUUUUAUUUAUUUUUUUUUAUUUAUUUUCAAAAGAAGGAGCAUUAUUACGACAGGAUUUUUCCACAGAUUAGUUUGGAGAUGCUACGGCAGAUCGUUGGCUCACGAAGCAUACGAAGUUGGAACGAUGGCGAGCCUCCACGCAACAUACCAUGUACAUCUAGCGAAUUUCAUUGUCUCCACGAGAAAAAAGAGUAACAGACGGAUUAUGGCAUUCUGGGAGAGAGGGUAAUCGGCGCCUCCUCAAUUGUAUAGGGCACCGCCGACUGUUUCAUACGAU